UUUAGUCUCCUACCAACUACAAGGUUUCUUCAACAUAUAUAUAUCCGAGCAUAUGCAUGGGUGAUACCAGCUAAUCCAUCCUCUGCCGCGAUAAGUAUUCUCUGAAAUCUGUCAGUGCAGAGAUUAAGGAUGGAGUUUGUGACUGAAAAUCCUGAAGUGGGUGGUGAGGCUGAUGAUAGGGGCGAUAGGCAAUUUGUUUACCAGCCCAUCCAGAGGCCGAGGGAAGGAGGAUUCAGAGCCACCCUUUUUGUCUUUGGACUGAUGCUGUUGGAUAAUAUAGGCUUUGUUGCUAACAUGGCAAGCCUAGUGCUGUAUUUCAUGAAUGUGAUGCACUUUAGUAUAUCUGGCUCUGCAAACACCCUUACCAACUAUCUGGGCACUGCUUUCUUGCUCACAUUAGUUGGAGGGCUAAUCUCCGACUCGUACAUGAGCCGCCUCAACACUUGCCUACUGUUUGGAGGGAUCGAGUUGCUGGGAUAUUUGUUGCUGAUUAUUCAGUCUCAUUAUCCUGAGCUGCAACCUGAAGUCUGUGGGAAGUACAGCUGCGUGGAUGGUACUAAAGCUCUGCUAUUUUACGCUUCCAUAUGUUUUGCUGCGCUGGGAGGCGGUGGACUUAGAGGGUCAGCACCUGCUCUGGGUGCUGACCAGUUUGAUCCAAAGCAAACCAAAGAAAUAGCCAGCUUCUUCAACUGGUUUCUGUUCAGUAUAACUGUUGGAGCUUCUAUUGGGGUCACAGUUGUUGUGUGGGUAAGCACGAAUAAGGGUUGGGACAAUGGCUUCAUCAUAAGCAUGGUUUGUUCAUUCAUAGGUUUCUGUUCAGUUGCAGUAGGGAAGCCUUAUUAUCGUGCCCGUGUUCCUGGAGAAAGUGUCUUACUAAGAGUCUUAGAGGUUCUGGUAGUGACAAUCAAGAAUUUAAAGGUGGAGUUACCACAAAAUUCACGGGACUUGUAUGAAAUAGAUGACAUGGGAAGAGAACGCAUCAGGCACAGCUACCAGUUCAGGGUACUAGAUAAAGCAGCUAUACUUCCCGAAGGAACUACUCCAAAGAAAUGGAAAGUGUGCACAGUGACUCAAGUCGAAGAAGUUAAAAUCCUAACAAGAAUGAUGCCAAUUCUGCUCAGCACUACUCUCAUGAACACAUGCCUUGCUCAGUUACAAACAUUCUCUAUCCAACAAGGUUCCCUGAUGAACACAAAACUCGGAAACUUUAAUGUCCCAGCUGCCUCAAUUCCCAUCAUACCGCUAUUCUUCAUGUCCCUUCUCAUACCACUGUACGAAAUUUUACUGGUCCCCUUACUGAGGAAACUAACAGGUCAUCCAAAUGGAAUCACUCACCUGCAGAGAGUCGGGGUUGGUCUAGUUCUCUCCGCGAUUUGCAUGACACUAGCAGGAAUCAUAGAACUCAAGAGAAAGAAUGCAUUUGUAGACCACAAUACCCGCAUUAGCCUCUUCUGGCUAUCAUUUCAUUUUGCAGUAUUUGGAAUAGCAGACAUGUUUACAUUGGUAGGCCUACUGGAAUUCUUCUACAGCGAAGCUCCUCCUCGCAUGAGAUCACUCUCUACUUCUUUCUCAUUCCUUUCGUUGUCAAUAGGCUACUACUUGAGCUCCGUUUUUGUGGAGAUCAUCAAUUCUGUAACUGGUAAACUUAGUUCAAACAACGUCGGGUGGUUGGAAGAUAUGGACAUGAACAAGAAUCAUCUCGAAAGAUUUUACUGGUUCUUGGCAGUUAUCAGUGUGCUCAACUUUGGGAAUUAUAUCUUCUGGGCUAACUGGUACAAGUACAAGAAAGAUGUUCCAGUUGACAGACAAAAGCUGAUGGAUCAAUCUUUCUCAGACGCGAGUAUGCGUUUUACAGCCAAAAUAGAUGAUUUGAUCCCUCCUAGUAACAAAAUUUAAUCAGUAAUCCCUGUAUAUUAUAAUUACCAGGCUUUUUCCAGAUAGGUAAUAAAAAUGCAGCAUACUAGUAGGCUGGGAAAAGCUGGUUUUUGUGUCUGUAACAAUAAGGUAGUUUAUCUGGGAAUAUAGAAAAUGUAUAUUUUUUUGAUCUC